UAUUUAUAAAUCAUAUGGAAAACUCUGUGAAUCUUGAUAUAUUUUUAGAUAAUAAUAAUAUUCCUUAUGAAGAAGAUAUAAUCCGAAAUCCAUGCCAUGUCAAAUCAUGGUUAAGAUAUAUUCAACAUCAAAAUGAUGAAUUUAUAUCUACUAAUUUAUUAUAUGAGAGAGCCUUAAAAGAAAUUCCUGGAAGUUAUAAAUUAUGGAAUAGCUAUUUGAAAUCAUUAAGGACCCAAGCAUUAAAACACAAAAUUUCACAUCCAUUCUAUAAAAAAGUUAACAAUAUUCAUGAAAGAGCAUUAAUGUUUAUGAAUAAGAUGCCAAGAAUAUGGACAGAGUUCUGCAUUUUUCUUAAAGAUCAAGGAUUAAUAACUUAUACACGUAGAACAUUAGAUAGAAGCUUACAAUCAUUACCAAUAACACAGCAUCAUCGUAUAUGGCCUGUAUAUAUUGAAUUUGUAGAACUUCAUGAUAUUCCUGAAACUGGGAAAAGGGCUUAUAGACGUUAUUUAAAAUUUUAUCCAAAUGAUUCUGAAGAUUAUAUUGAUUAUCUAAAAGGAAUUAAUGCAAUAGAUGAAGCAGCUUGUGUUUUGAUCAAAAUUGUUAAUGAAGAUAGUUUUGUAUCAAAAGAAGGAAAAAGCAAUUAUCAACUCUGGUAUGAUUUGUGCGAUUUAGUUUGCAAACAUCCUUCCCAGAUAAAAUCUAUAAAAAUAGAUCCCAUUAUCAGGAGUGGUAUCAAAAGAUUUUCGAAUGAAAAGGGCAAAUUGUGGAAUUCAUUAGCAGAUUAUUAUAUAAGGGCUGGCCAUUUUGAGAAAGCUCGCGAUAUAUACGAAGAAGCUAUUUUAGAUAUUAUGACUGUCCGUGAUUUUACUCAAGUUUUUGAUGCGUAUUCUCAAUUCGAAGAAAGUUCUAUUAAUAAAAUAAUGGAAUUGAGUUCAGAUUCAGAUUUAACAGAAGCAGAAGACAACGAGCUAGAAUUGAGGUUGGCCAGGCUCGAAAAUUUAAUGGAACGUAGGUUGCUUUUGCUGAAUUCAGUUUUAUUGCGACAGAAUCCUCACAACGUUCACGAAUGGCUUAAAAGGGUUAAGCUUUACGAUGGCGAUGAUCAACAAAUUAUCUUAACUUUCGAAGAUGCCAUUAAAACGGUGAAUGAACCAAAAUUGACAGUGGGCCGUUUGUCCGAUCUUUGGAUUGCAUAUGCCGAUUUUUACGAAAAACAAGCCGGUACACCCCCAUCAAAUCAUGCAGAAUUGGCAAAUGAAACUGCCGAGGCAGAUAGUGAUAACAUUACCCACACAAAAUUCCUAAAUCUAGCACGGCAGAUAUAUUCCAGAGCCGUUAAAGAUUCUCGGUACGCUAAAGUGGACCACCUUGCCCAAGUCUGGUGCUCGAGCGUAGAAAUGGAGAUCAGGUGGGAAAAUUACGAUAAAGCCUUGGAUAUUUUACAAAAAGCUUCCACACCCUAUAUGGGGUCCACAAUUGCAACUAAUUACUUUGAUGAAACGGAAACCGUGCAAGCUAGAGUGCAUAAAUGUCUCAAAAUUUGGGCCCUCUAUGCCGAUUUGGAAGAAAGCUUUGGGACAUUUAACUCAACCAAAGCCGUAUACGACCGGAUAAUUGAGUUAAGGAUAGCCACUCCUCAAAUAAUUAUGAACUAUGGGUUGUUCCUGGAAGAAAAUCGAUACUUCGAGGAAGCUUUCAAGGCUUACGAAAAAGGGAUCGCCUUAUUUAAAUGGCCGAAUGUUUACGACAUAUGGAAUACCUAUCUAUCCAAAUUCGUCGAACGAUACGGUGGUACUAAGCUAGAAAGAGCUCGGGAUCUAUUCGAACAAUGUCUGGAACAUUGCCCACCGAAAUUCGCUAAAUCCAUUUACCUUCUUUACGCUAAACUAGAAGAGGAUUAUGGUCUCUCUCGCCAUGCUAUGUCAGUGUACGAUAGGGCCACUUUGCAUGUUCUUCCUACCCAAAAAUACGAAAUGUUUCAAAUCUACAUCGAAAGGGCAGCUCGUAUUUUCGGUCUACCCAAGACGAGAACCAUAUAUCAAAAAGCCAUUGAGGUGCUGCCCAACAAUCAGGCUAGAGAAAUGUGCUUGCAAUUUUCAGAACUAGAAUGCAAACUAGGCGAAAUUGAUAGGGGCCGAGCUAUAUACGCCCAUGGUUCCCAAAUGGCCGAUCCUAGAACAAACCCUGAAUAUUGGCAAAUAUGGAAGGAAUUUGAAGUUAAGCACGGAAACGAAGAUACAGUAAGAGAAAUGUUGCGCAUUAGGAGAAGCGUUCAAGCCAUUUACAAUACGCACGUUAACUUCAUAUCGGCUCAAUUAGUCAGCGCUAGGGAAAGCGCAGCUCAAAAAACAAUGUCUGUAGAUGCUCUAGAAGGUUCCAUGGAGCAAGAAGAGCAAGAAGAAGAGUUAAUAGAUUAAUUACUUUUAUUUCAGCUUUAAACUAUAUAUUGUAUAUUAUUUAUUAUAAAUAAAAAUCAAUGUGUAUAUUAUUUUAUAGAACAAAAUGUGAUACAAAUACAAAUGAUGUAAAUAA